AUGGCUCAACGAGUUCUGUUUACGACGUACUUUAUGGACCGACGCAUCUCGCUCACCGUUGGCAGACCCUACGGAAUGCGCUGGGAGGACAUUGCAGUGGCUCAACCACCUGCACUGGAUGAUGCGGCCAUGUCCCCCGAUAGGCCUCUCCCAGCUCCUACUCAGCUCAGCUGUCUCCAGCCCUACUUGGCUGGUUACAUUACGCUGGCACAUUUUGAAGGACAGGUAUGGGACACCGUGUCGUCGCCCAACGUCUCUCCCAUGGCGCGGUCAAAAGCGGUUGAAGUCUUGGACGUCCCCAUUUCAGAGUGGAUCAGUGAUUUCGAGCGCUCUACAAGCUUUGUUAGUCGCCUGUCCACAUUCGGCACGUCGACCAACAUUCGACAACAUCAACGGGUCAUUGUCAAAACGUUGCGGAUCCUCAUGCGAAUGGGACAAAUCGUCUCACUGACUUACGAUGACCAUUGUGGAGAAAUUUGCGGCGCCGCGUCGUGCGACAUUGUGGAUGAAAUCCACCGGGCCACGCUCGAGCCGACAUGGCGUGAGGCAUACUACCUCAAAGCUCAUGCACCCACCAAUCUCUUUUCGCCCGUCAUUGUUCUCUCGACCCUGAUUAUACGCCGCCAAUCAUCGGGCCACACGAGAUACAACUUGGACCAUUACAAGUUGUGCUUUGAACGUGCCGUGGCAAUAAUCAAGAGCAUCUCGCGCGAGCUACCCAUUGGUAGCUUUGUCGAUGGACAGGUGUCGGAAAUCGUGCGACUCACCCUUGCGAGCCUUGCCGUGGGUCAGAAGGACCGGCCUGUCGCUUCAAACGAGGGAGAUGCCGUGGACAUUGGCGACCUCUUUUCGACAGAGAUUGCCAACAUGGCCAACGACAUUUCAAGCGGCCCCACCGUCGACUGGUUUAACAUGGCGUUCCCAGUUGGGGGAGACAACGCCAACCUCGAGCUGGAGGAGUUUUCCUGGGAGGCACUGUUUGACACACUCGGCCAGUCAAAAAUACAUUUUAGUAGUUAG